UCUGAAUCUGAAAGAGCAAGAGAGCCGGUGAAGGUUCACAGUUAUUUCCCCUGCCAUACAAUUAUCCUCUAGAGAAAGGAUUUAUCUUUUUUUUUACUCUCUUUCUGGAUUUAAUGGACCUUGGACUACUGAGAAGUCUGAAAAAUACUCAAAUCUUUCUUGAACGUUGCGACAGGAUCUUUUAUUACAGGACAUCAACCAGAUUUACAACCAAUUCAUAGUUCUGAUAAAGUCUGUGUGGGGGAUAUUGGCUUGCCUUUAACAUGGAGUAUUGGAAGGCGCUACUUUUUGUGGGCCUAUUGUGUAUGCUGAGCGAAGGUCUCGCUGAUUGUGGCCGGGGCUUUAGCACCUCAGAAUCCGGUGUAUGUAAUGAUGACGAUGAGUGCCAAGGACUCAUCGUAGGACCAUGUGACAAGGACGCAAACUGCAUUAACACUUAUGGCAGCUUCUACUGCCAGUGCCUGGAGGGCUUCACAGAAGUUAACGGGCAGCUUAACUUCACGCAUGGACAGUGUAAAGAUAUCAACGAGUGCAGAGAUCACACACAUACCUGUGGUCACGCUGCUAAUUGUACCAACCUGAUUGGGAGCUACAAGUGCACCUGCCACGUUGGGUACACCGACGCCACCAGUAGCCUUGGAAACUGCACAGACAUCGAUGAAUGCAAAGAAGCUGACAAAGAAGACCUCUGUGGAGAAAACGGGACUUGUGAAAACAGAAAUGGGAGUUACUGGUGCACGUGUUCAAAAGGAUACACCAAUUAUGGCAACGACAGGACAACAUGCUCAAAGCUUGACUGUGACAGCUUCAAUGGAAACGGCGGUCCUGCACCGUCGCUUGGAGGCCUGGCAGACAUUUUGUUCAUGAUGAGAAACAGCUGUUUGGCUCUGUCUGACCCAAGCACCGCCGGUGAUGGAAAGGUGCUACUAAAGAAACUUUUCACAGCGACCGAGGCCAUCUUGUCCCCCGGUCACCUGGACAGCAGUGAAGAUGUGAGCGGAUUGCUCGUUGCGGUGGAGAACGCUAUUAUGCUCAUCGGCCCGCAGCUCAAAGACGGACGCACCAAGACAACCACCACUGAGACAGAUAUAGAGAUUGCAGUGCAGAGGGGAAAGACUCCCCCCACUGGACCAAUCCAUCUGACCAAUGACAAUGCUACACUUGACACUGACUGGACAACAGCAGCUGGGAUGGAAUCAUACCCUGGUUUUGCUCUGGCUGCGUUGUUGAGCUACAAGAACCUUGAGACAACUGUUAACCGGUCCUUUGACGGGCUCACAGGACAUGAAAAGGACGGCGUGAGUCCUUCCUUUCAGAUCUCCUCUAAAGUUGUGUCUGUUGUGGUCUCUAACCCAUCCACUCAGAACCUGAGCAGCCCCGUCAACAUCACCCUCAGACAUCUACAGGACAAUGUGGAGUCAGCUCAGCUGAGCUACAUCUGUGCUUACUGGAACGAGAGUGGGGCCUGGUCCACAGAUGGUUGUUAUCAAUUGCAGUCCACUGCCACUCACACUGUGUGUACAUGUCAACAUCUGAGCAGCUUUGCUGUGCUCAUGGCACUCUACGACAUGGAGCACACCUUUGGACUCCAGUUGGUGACCAAGAUAGGGCUGACCAUCUCCCUGCUGUGCCUCGUACUGUGCAUCCUGACAUUCAACUUCUGCCGCUCCAUACAAGGAACCCGCACCACCAUCCACCUGCACCUCUGCGUCUGCCUCUUCAUGGCUGACCUCAUCUUCCUGGCUGGCAUUUCACAAACUAAACCUGUGGGCGGCUGCAGGUUCGUUGCGGCGCUGCUCCAUUACUUCUUCUUGGGAGUGUUUACCUGGAUGCUGUUAGAAGGGGUGCAGCUGUACCGUAUGGUGGUCCUGGUGUUCAACGCCAGCAUUCGGCCCCUCUACCUAUUCCUCACUGGUUAUGGGACACCCCUCCUUAUCGUCGCUAUAUCUGCCAUCAUUAGACCAAACGGAUACGGCACCGACCAUUACUGCUGGCUGUCUCUGGAACACGGCCUCAUCUGGAGUUUCUACAGUCCUGUGUGCUUCAUCAUCAUCCUCAAUGUCUUCUUUUUCAUCAUCACCGUCUGGAAGCUGGCCCUGAAGUUCACCAGCCUCAACCCAGACCUCUCCAAACUGCAUAAAAUUAAAGCUUUCACAGUGACAGCCAUCGCCCAGAUGUGCAUACUGGGUCUGAUGUGGGUGUUUGGGGCCUUCCUGUUUGAAGAGGGUACUACGGUGGAAGCAUACAUCUUCACUAUCCUCAACAGCCUGCAGGGAGCACUGGUCUUCAUCAUGCACUGCCUGCUGUCUAAACAGGUGAGAGACGAGUACGCCCAUUUCCUCUCCUGUGUCUGCACAUCACAGAAGAAGAGGUACUCCGACCUCAGCAGUACCAAUCCCUCCAGUAGUCAGUCACAAGGUUCUCGGAGUGGGCAGAACACCGGAGAAUCAAAAAUAUGAAGCGCUCUAUCAGUUAUUGUACCCCAGAGACAGACUGUCACACCUUUAACCUAUCUGGGCUAAGUUUAAAGGUUUGGAAGACUUAAAUUAAAAAAUCUGUCAUUAUUUUCUUACCAUGAUGUCAAUUGAAACCAUUUCAGUUUUGUUGUACCACUAUACCAACUGUUUAAUCAGGGCCUCCAAGAGGUCACAAGUCUGAGACAUUAUGAAGACCAAAUUCUUUACAACCAAGAAACUCCACCAAUAUGAGUGGCAUCGCCUGCCAAUCAAUUGCAUUAUGGGUCAGGAAGUCUGCUAUUUACCUCCUUAGUUUUGCUUAUUUUCCUCACUGAUGAUGCUCUACAGUGCUGUAAAUGGUGGAUCAAGUUGUAUUGAUGAUGACUGAAUUUGUUAUUUAGUGUCAUUACAGUCACAGCAGACAAGAAGUAGCCAACUACUAAAGGUUUUUAUUCAGGAACUCUUUAAAUAAAAGUGAAAUAUAUUACAAUAUCUUAUCGGUUCAUCAAAAACAUAUCAUAAUCCCAAUAUAAGCUGUAUCUCCUUUCAAAGGAUUAAAAGUGACGCACACACACUGACGUAGAAUAUUUAAUUUCAAUAGCAGCAUGCAGACUAUAAAGUCUACAUUAUGUAGGCUACAAGAACAUAUGAGUGAUCCUCUUCAAGCUUAAAGCAUGAGCAAACAGUUUGUGCUGUAUUUUUUAUAAAUGUUUUAUGUAAAAUAAAUAAGGGUGGGUGUGCUUUUUGAAUCCAUGUAUUGUAUUUAAAUUGCAAGGAAUCAAUUGACUGAUGAUGAAUAUGUUCCAGUUCCUCUGAAGCUCCCUUCAUGGUUCCUGCAGAUCCAACAUGUGCUCCAACAAGGAUUUUAUGUCUCUUGUUUCUUGAUUUUUAACAAAAUAAGUGAUUUGUUUUUUAUCACUUGUGGCUAUUUAUGGAUAUUAUUUUCUUGCAAUUGAUUUGCAAUUGAGAUGAGCCUUUUGUCACAAGUGUUUGUGAAGCUACGUGUUUUUCUUUUAAUAAGAAAACAAAUUCAGCCCCAAAAUAGCUGCUCGGCAAAUUCACAAAAACAGACCCACCCUUCUGAUGAGCCGGCAGCUUCCUGCAAUCAAACCGUGUUUAUGCAAGGAAAUUCCAUUUUGUUGUCAUGUUGUCUUAUUACAGCACGUUAGCCAAUGUCUCCACAGACUGUCAGUGACUGUGAAUUAUCGCAUCCCAGAAAUGAGAACUUCAACAUGUUUUGAUGAGGUCUAAUGGGAGUUGUACAGACCUUAGUUUGUUUGUGUUAUUGCACUUUUACAUUGUGAAAAAAUGAUAAUCCAGCACAUCUUCACUCAAAUGGUGCAACCAUCAACUUGAGAACCAGCCUCACUCACAGAACCUGAACAGUUUACUUGUUGUAAAAAAGCUAUUAGUUUGGAAUACAAAAAAUCUGUCUUUUUAUAUGAUUGGUUUUGUCCUGCAGCAUUUGUUUGUAUUUGAAUUGCUCCCUUUCUCAUCUAUGAGCCAGAUUAAGACCACGUAUGUGUUGGUUUAACAACUAAACUGUUCUUGGGUUCUCAUGUGUGGCUGCACUCUUUUUGUGACCAGCGAUACGUUUUAUUCAUGCAUUGCAAAAUGUAUUUAUGUGACAAAAAAAAGCUAUGUGCAUUAUGCAGCAUUUUGUGAAUGUAAGAAUCUUAUUUUUAGAUCUAGACCUUCUAUAGCUGUUCUACUUUGAAGGUGUAUGAACUUAUUUUUCUACUUUGUUUUGUUGUAUGUUGUUUGGUACUGUUUUCUUUCAAGAAUAUGCACCACCAUUUUCAUUAAAGCUUCUAUU